ACAAAGUCCUCUCUUCAAGCUCUUCCACCCAAACAAAACCUUUCUUUUCUCUUCACACAACAACCUCAAAGAGUCAGUCACAUGGCUGUCCCUCAAAAACUUCCGCCUCCGCCAUUUCCUCCUUCCACCGCAGAAACAACCACCGCGUUCUCCAUCCACGGCGACUCCUCCUCCUCCUCCUAUAUCUCUGACGUCCAUCCAGACAUUCUCAAAACGCAUAUCCUAACUCGUCUCGACGGUCCCGCCCUCGCCUCCGUCGCUUGUGCCUCCACGGAACUCCACUCCCUCGCUUCUCAAGAUGAUCUGUGGACCAUCAUUUGCCGCUCUACUUGGCCGUCCACCGACGUACCACGGUUGCGCCAAGUUAUUUCUACUUUUCCCCACGGACCUCGUUCCUUCUUCUCCGCCUCGUUUCCUCUGCUCUCCGUCGAUCAAGCUUCCGCCACUUCUCCGGUCAAUCAUGAUCGUCCAUCCGAACUGAUAUCUGCCGUCGAUAUUUACUACCGGAAUGAGCUCAUUUUCAGUAGAGUUGUGGAGACAGAGACAGAGUCCGGGUGGUUCCGGUGCUCGCCUUUUAGAAUCGACAUGCUUGACCCUAAAGAUACGUGUCCUACGCCUAUAUCGCAUCCGGACACACAGGACGCUCGCCGAGAGCUGGCGGAAGAAUUAACUCUGAGCUGGAUUUUAAUCGACGCUGUCGGACGGCGAUCAAUGAACCUUUCAAGCCACAAGCCGGUUUCGGUGCAGAGACACUGGCUGAGCGGUGAGGUACACGCGCGGUUUGCUUCGAUAUUGGCCGGCGAGAAAGGAUCGUCAUCGGAGUUUGUGCAGUGCGGAAUUCUGGUGACCUGUGGAGGAGGUACUAGGGGUGGAGGAAUGCACGUUAGGGAAGUGAGCCUGCAAGUGGAGGACAUGGAUGGAAUGUUUUUGAAUGGAAAGGACAGUUUAGGAAUUUUGAACGGUUCAUUCGAGGGCAAGAAAGGAAUUAAGGGAAGAAGGGAGGAGGAAGGAAGGAAAAGGUACGAAGGAUUCUUGGAAAUGAAAAGGGAGAGGAAAGAAAGAAAAUUGAGAACUGAAGGCACAUUAGACACCUUAUGCGUGGGUUUCGGACUCUUGGUUCUUGUUUGUCUUGGCUUUCUUUGCUUGAGAUAAAUUUGCAGCUUUGUUUUUUUGUUUUUCUAAACAAAUUAUUAAUUUUCCACUAUAGAAUAAAAUAGAGUUGUACUUAUGAUAAUUUAACUUAUUUGAAUAAAAAAGAAUUAUACUUAUUA